GCGACUCUCGCCAUCAUCACCCAUCUCAGCGGCAAGCACUCGUCGUCUUGUCCUCGUCUUGUCGACUUAUUUGUUUCCUGGCCUCGCAGCUAGAACUCUCCAAUGGCGGACAACGCGCUCCCAACCAGCAUUUUCUUCGACGAGGCAGGACGACCUCUGCAUAUAUUCGUGGAGACUUCCGAGUUCGCCCAACGUCCGAAGCUCAUUCGAGAUCUGCGAAGAGACGGUGCUAUGAUUGCCCAUUAUCCGUCAGACGCGCAGAUCAUUCUCGUGGAUAUGGAAACAAAUGCCGGGCAACAGUUCGUCCACGAUUGGGGCUCAGAAUCAGGGAAGGUGGUGUUGCGAUGGGAGUGGGCCCGUAAGUCCACCCAGCUGGGCAGGGCUCUCCUAGCGAACGACAAUUGGGGAGGGUAUCGCCAACUGCCCGAUAACAGUGGACAUGGGGUUAUAGCCGGCCAUGAACAUCCCCUACCCACACCCCCUCCGGACAUAGCUGUUAUAUCUCAACCCGCCAACAAUAUGUCUCUUCAAGCCGCUCUACAAGCCCUAUCUCAGGGCCAAAAUGUACCGCCAACAGGUCUUGAUGCCUCCGGCGUCACCGGAACCCAGCUGCCGUCUGGCGUAGCUGUUUCUUACCAACCACAAGCCAACGGUGUCCCCUUGCCUCGCCUCCAGAAUCCCACCGCACAUACACCCGCCGAGAUCCUCACUGCUUUGUCGCAAGCCAUUCAGAACACAAACCCUGCAGAUCUGCAGACCUUUCUGACGCAAUUACACGCGCAAGCCACUCAAGCCUCCGGUACGCUCAGCGCGGCCCCAUUGUCACAUUCUGUGCCGGCCAUGGGCGGUCAGCUGCCUCCUCCGGGACUCGAGGCGUCGAAUUUCAUGUAUCCCAGCCCCAGUACAGCCGCCACACGAACGCCACGACCAUCCCACUCUUCUCUCGAUCCGCCUAGUUCUAUCCCUUGCAAGCGUCGAAAGUCCACUGGUGGUACACCGUCCUCCGUCAUGUCAUCGCGUAACAAGGGCAAAGAACGCGCAUACUCUCCAGAGCCGCCUCUCAAACAAAGUCGCAGGAGUGGUAGCUACUCGGACGACGACGAGAUGCAAUCAUCCCUCCCUCAGGCCUCUGGACCGCUCCCAAACUCGGAUGAAGUCUUCGUCGAUGGCGGGGAGCAGCUGGUCUUCUGGGUGCAGAUGGAGACGAAGCAACGCGGCGACUUGUUACAGAUAAUCAAGCGAAAUGGGGGCAAAAUAGUCGCGGAGAUCCUCGAUGCAGACUAUGCCGUCCUGGCACAGAACUCCAAGCCUUUCGAGCACUGGCUCAAGCUUGCCACACAAGCCAAUGUAGCAGUCGUCCAGUCAAGGUAUAUUUAUGAAAGCGUCAAACAAUCCGCUUUGCUAGACGCAGAUGAAUACGGUUUCGAAGACGUGCCGAAGCGAAAACGUGGGCGCCCGAGGAAAGAUCCUCAGGUUUCGACACCUACGAAGGCCAGCAAGAAGAGGAGCCCCAUAAAAACCAAAGCACCGACCUCGGCUGGACCCUCCAGCCAACCGCAGCCGCAGGUCCCGGAGCGUGCUUCCUCCUCUCAAACCGUCCGCGCAUCGCAAUCACCUCCGCCCCCGCAGAACCCACUGAUGAUGGAGAGUGGAAGGUACCGUUAUACCACUGAGGAAUGGGAGUAUGCCCAGCGCUACAUCCCCAUAUUGUUCGCGCGGGACCCGGAUAUGUCCAUGCAUACGAUUGCCAGCAAGUUGCACGACAAGAUGCCCCAUCAUCCCAUCAUGUCAUGGCUGACGUGGAUAGGCAAGGACCCGAGGUCGUCAACCAUAGCACAAGCAAGGAAACGGGCCCAUAUCCAAUGGCGAAAGGCUGCCCAGCAAAAGCCUGUGCCUCAGCUCGGUGACGAACAGACGAAUGCGACGCCUGCAGCCCCUCAGUCAUCUCUACCUACGCUGAACGAAACGGCGCCGCCGGAGCCGCCUGCAAACGCACCGGAGAACGGGAGUCAGCUUGGACCCGAAGAUGCGCGCGACUUCGAUUUCUUCGCUCAGUUUCUUGCGGACGGUGGUGCGGACGGCCGGAGUGACCCAGAAGUCUGGGCGCUGCUGGCGAAAGAGCGCCCGUCGCGCACUGCGGAAGAGUGGCAUGUAUUCUGGGGAGAACACGGUCAAGCCAUUGAUGAUGUUGUCCAGCGCCUGAUGAAGGAAACGGAUGCCUCUGAGCAACAAGCCAGUUGAGGUAUUUGUGCUUGCCAUAUCUACCCAAGUGGACGUACGACACGGAGAUGCGUAUGAAGGCUCGCUAGCACCUAUGACCUAGAUUAUAUGUUUGUUGAAGUUCGUUCGCGACUUACGGACUGUAUCCAUAGUCGUACCGUAAGGGCGUACCUUUGUUGUCUUACCAUCGGUUUGCACACAUGUACUG